AUGGCCCAGGCUGCUGCUGUCGGAGCCCUUCUCGGUGCCAGCACCGCCUUCUUGGCACCCAGUGCCGCCCCUGCCCCUGCGCCUGCCCUCCGUGGUGCCCCUCACAGCUCCCGUGAGUCCACCGGCCCUGGCCUUGCCGGUGCUGCGGGUGUUGGUGCGGCAGCACUGGGGCUGGGACUGCUGGCAGCCCGUCCGGCGACCACCGCGUGCCGUGCGGCAGCCGUGAAGAAGAAGGGCGUGAAGGUGGUGCACGGCAAGGAGAUCCCAUGGAACCUCUUCUCCCCAAAGGCGCCUUACCAGGGAAAGGUGAUUGAGAAUGACGUGCAUCCGCAGACCUUGACCGAACCCACUGGCGAUGCCAACUGGGAGACGACCCACGUGACCUUCGACCAUGGAGGCAAGGUUCCUUACAUCGAGGGCCAGUCCAUCGGCGUCAUUGCGCCGGGACCUGACAAGAAGGGCGAGCAGCCUGCUAAGAUCCGUCUUUACUCGAUCGCCUCCUCCGCGGUGGGCGACAAUCAGAACUCGAAGACGGUGUCCCUGUGCGUGAAGCGUGUGGUGGAGGUGGACGGCAAGUUCGCCAACCGCGAGAAAGGUCAGGACAAGCCUGACAAGGCGGGCACCGCCUUCCCGGAGAACAAGGUCUACCGUGGAGUCUGCUCCAACCACAUCUGCGACAUGACUCCGGGGGACGAGGUCCUCAUCACCGGCCCGACGGGAGCAGAGAUGCUGCUGCCCGAGGAUCCGGAGGCCAACAUCAUCAUGUUGGCCACUGGCACUGGCAUUGCACCCAUGCGCUCCUAUCUGAGGCUGCUCUUCCACGACAAGGCCGGCGCCGGUGAUGGUGGCCGCAAGUUCAAGGGCCUGGCUUGGCUCUUCAUGGGUGUGCCAUAUUCCAAGUCCUUGCUCUACGAUGACGAGCAUGAGGCCUACAAGAAGGCCUACCCCGACCAGUUCCGCUACGACUACGCCGUCAGCCGCGAGCAGAAGAACGCUGCGGGGCAGAAGAUGUACAUCCAGACCAAGAUGGCUGAGUAUGCUGAAGAGCUUUGGGAGUUGAUGCAGGAUGAGAAGACCCAUGUCUACAUGUGUGGCUUGAAGGGCAUGGAGAGUGGCAUGGCGGAGUGCUUCGGCCCCAUUGCCGAGAAGAACGGCCUGGUGUGGACCGAGUUUGCCAAAGCCAUGAAGAUGUACGCAGAUCGUGCCAUGGGGACCAGGGAUGUGAACGAUCAUGUGAAGGAUCCAAAUGACUUGGUGAACGAUUUCAGUGCUAGGGUCCCGGCAGUUGCAUUGCCUUUGGAGUUUCCUUGCGCCGACCCUUCUGAUAGGCCACCGUCGCCGGCGGUGGAGAUCGCACCUCACCAUUUUCAGAGGAGCGGGAGGCCCUUUGCUGAAGGACCUCUAGCACAGCCGCGGCCCAACGGCGCAGAGGGUGGCCACUACUUGGUACCCAGGCGCCAGGAGAACCUGCGGCAGAUCAAGCCACCCAGAUGCUAUGAGGUGGGCCGCGCCGACGUGGAUGACACGGUGCCCAAGGUGGCUGAUGUGGAAAUCUCGUGGAGCUGGUGGACACCGACCGCCAGGGCAUCUCAGCGACGUGCCGGUUUGGGGAAAGAGGAUCAGCAAACGCCAGAGCAUGAUUUGGAUUUGAUGUUGGGGCGAGGCCGUCGGAGCCUCUUCAAGGGGUUUUGGGUGGUUAUUCUUCACGUGGUUUUCCAGAUGUCUUCCAUCAAGAUGCUGGCAGCUUCCAAGGUGCCUCUCACACCGCGCGCAACGGUGUCCCCCAGAACACCCUUGUUGCGUGCCAGCUCCACAGAUUUGUCCUCUGACUUCGUGGGGAAGCCGGGCCGCGCGGGCGGCGGCGGCGGGGGCGGACCCACUCCUGAGGAGCAGGCCCAGGUGGUGAUCUACCGCGUGGCGUUGGCGGUCACAGCUGUGUGCUGGACCCUGAUUUACACUCUGGACUUCUUCAUGACCAGUGGCAUUUCCAUCAUCGAUGGCUCAAUCCAGGCCCGGCCACCACCUCGUCGCCCUCGCCCGCGCUCGCAGUCCUCCGCCUUGGCCUUGGCCAACGUCUCGGCCGCGCUCGCCAUGCUGGCGGUGCCGCUGGGUUCGAGGUUGGCUGCAGGCUUGGUGUUUCGUCUCCUGGGCCUUGGCACCCUCUUGCUGAUCGCCUUGGGCCAGGCGCAAGGACUUGGUGCGGUGCCCGGGCCCUUGUGUGUGGUCUUGCUUUGCGCUCGGGAGAUCUUUUGGUUCGGGUGGUUCUACAAGGUGGAUGCCAUUUGGGGUGUCUUGUGCUUUGUGCUGGUGUGCGCCUGGCGCUUGCGAAUGGCCUCAGAGUCCACCAGUGAGGUCUUGGCACCUGAGCUGCCGGCCUUUGAGAGCUGGGAAGACAUGCCCAAAUUCCCGAUGCUCUACGAUGUGAAGCCCGUCGGCCCGCCCGUGCCCUUAUCCUUCGGGUGCUGGAUUAGCCUCUCCGUCUUAGCGCUGGGGAAGCUCUUUGAGCCGCUUGGGGAGGACCUGGACGAGCUGGGCGAACGCUGGUCCAAGCGCUCCUCGCGGCCCCUCUACGACGACGAGGGGCCCGAAGAAUCGGGGCCCGAUGAAUCGGGCACGCAAUAG